GCUCGGGGCUCAGUUGGCUCCGGACUCGCAGCCAGUAAGUCACGUCACGCGCCGUUCAAUGUCUCUGAAUAGCACGUCCGCCGGGGUCAUGAACCUGUACUGCGCCGGCAGCCCCUUCAUCCAGUCCUGGAAGAAUUCCUCCGCCGCCCGCCUCGGCCUCCCCCGGCACCUGGAGCAGCCGGAGCCGCGGCCGGAGCUCGUGCUGUCCUCCCAGGGGGAGCUGGAGGAGGAUGAGGAGAUGGAGAGCGAGUCCCGGGGCUCCACCUCCCCCCCGGAGACCCCCACCAAGGACGACCUGUACCACGAGACCCGCCAGCUGCUGCUCCAGCACUUCACCGAGUACUCGGGCGGCGACAAGGCCAAGGCCGCCCUGCUGCUCCUCCCCGGACCGGCCCGCCUGCGGCCCGCCAUGGACACCCUGCGCCGGGUAUCGGGAGACCUCAUCGACAAACACAGGAUGGCCUUCCAGGGGAUGCUCACAAAGCUAUCCAUACACAAGCGGGAAGACCUACAGAAAAUAUCCGAAGUCCCCUCCUUGGUUUUCAGUGAUGGGAUUACAAAUUGGGGCAGGAUUGUUACAUUAAUAAGCUUUGGUGCUUUUCUUGCAAAGUAUUUGAGGAGCUUACACCUUGAAGACUGCAUUGUUUCAUUAGCAGACAGUUUUACGGAGUUCCUUAUGAACAGCAAAAGAGAGUGGAUAACAGAACAGAAAGGCUGGGAUGGCUUUGUUGAAUUUUUCCAUAUAGAGGACUACGAAAGUGGACUCCGAAAUGUUUUAAUGGCGUUUGCUGGUGUUGCAGGAAUUGGGGCAAGUAUUGCCUACAUGAUCCGGUGAACUAUGGUGGUUAUUGAGUCUAUAAAAGCUUCCUGGAAUUAAAGAAAAAAGGAUAACUUUUUAUGGAUGUUACCAUUCCAAUCAAUGACUCCAUCAGGCGUUGAGCGCCAGGCUUGGGCAGUCACUUGGGCUGCACGAUUGUAUGGUAUCACUGCUUAUAACACCAUUUAGUACUGCAGUAUGGUCAUCAGUUUAAAGGUAAACUGGGUCUCCCACAAGAAACUCUCGAAGUACCUCCCAGUUUUUGUUUUGUGUCAAAAACAGACUUGAGUUUAGUUUCAGAAGAUCAUGGCACCAAAAGAGUUGAUCAUUCUUAUUUACAGCACUUUUGCAGGGCUGCUUUGCCAACCUUGAAAGACUAGUUUCCAUGUUGUUCUGGUCAAUGGGAAUGUCUUAUCCAACUUCAGUUACCUUUCAGUACAAAAAUCAAUUCUGUAAAUUGUGUACAUACUGUCCUGCUUUGCCAAUGGAAAUAUAAAUCGCAUUCUAGAUUUCAAACCUGAAUUCACUGUGAAAUUGUAUAAAAGCUUCAUUCCUUGGCCGCCUUCUGACCUUGCAUGCUGACCACUUUUUAUUAUUUUUCUUGAUAUCCAGGGGACAUCUAAACAUUGAUCAGAUCCUUGCGUUUUUCAUAUGGUAUUGGGGAAAUUACAAUUAUUUUUUUAUAUAUAUUUUAGCCUGUCACUAAAACACUAUAUAAUUUCUUUUUCUUUAAGAGGAAUUGUUUAUUUUCAUUAAAAAUUAUUCUUAAUAUUUCCUCCGUAAGUACCAUCGAAACCACCCUACCUUUAUGUACGUGGAGUAAUAGCUGCCCCUUAUCAGAUUACUCUGUAAAUGUACGCCCUCGAAUGUUUUAUAAAGUUUGAGAGGUACUGAGUUUAUUUCUGAAUGUUCCUCUGGCACUGAAAGCUAAAUCUAGGCACAAGCUCCAAUGAUCCAGUUAAGAGGCCCUCUCAAACAAGACGGCCUUUCUCCAUAGCACUGCCAUUCUAUACACUUGGAAUAUCUGCUUCAGAUGCAAACCGCACAGAAUGUAGGGGUCAGAACAGGCUCACAUCCAAACUAUCAGAUCCUCUAUUGUUCAGGGUGCUAAGUUGAAAACAAAUUGUACUUUUUGAAUAAAACAAGAACUAUUUUGUUUAAA